CUUGAACGGGGGCAGAAUCAAGAUGGCGGACAAGACGCCAGGCGGUUCGCAGAAGGCCAGUGGGAAGGCCAGGAUGCCAGACACAACACGUUCCACUGGAUCUCCAGAGACUCAUCCACUCUUAGAAAGCAAACUUAAAGCAUUCAGUAUUGGCAAAAUGAGUGCUGCCAAGAGAACUUUAAGCAAGAAGGAACAGGAGGAAUUGAAAAAGAAGGAAGAUGAGAAGGCAGCAGCAGAAAUUUAUGAAGAAUUCCUUGCUGCCUUUGAAGGAAGUGAUGGGAAUAAAGUGAAGACAUUUGUCAGGGGAGGGAUUGUUAAUGCGUCUAAAGAAGAACAUGAAACGGAUGAAAAACGAGGAAAAAUCUACAAACCUUCAUCACGAUUUGCAGAUCAGAAAAGUCAGCAGAAUCAGUCAUCCUCUAACGAGAGGCCUCCAUCCCUUCUGGUGAUAGAAACAAAAAAACCCCCUUUGAAGAAGGGGGAAAAAGAAAAGAAAAAGAGCAAUUUGGAGCUUUUUAAAGAAGAAUUGAAACAAAUUCAAGAAGAGCGUGAUGAAAGGCAUAAAACCAAAGGUAGAUUAAGUCGUUUUGAGCCACCUCAGUCAGAUUCAGAUGGUCAGCGCCGUUCCAUGGAUGCGCCUUCAAGAAGAAACAGAUCUUCGGGUGUACUGGAUGACUACGCUCCAGGUUCACAUGAUGUAGGAGAUCCAAGUACAACAAAUUUGUACCUUGGAAACAUUAAUCCCCAGAUGAAUGAAGAGAUGUUGUGUCAAGAAUUUGGACGCUUUGGACCUCUAGCCAGUGUCAAAAUUAUGUGGCCAAGAACUGAUGAAGAAAGGGCGAGAGAGAGGAAUUGUGGCUUUGUUGCCUUCAUGAACAGGAGAGAUGCUGAGCGCGCACUAAAGAAUUUAAACGGCAAGAUGAUCAUGUCUUUUGAAAUGAAACUUGGCUGGGGCAAAGCUGUUCCUAUACCUCCACAUCCUAUAUACAUUCCUCCUUCCAUGAUGGAGCACACUCUGCCACCACCGCCGUCGGGACUGCCAUUCAAUGCUCAGCCCAGAGAGAGAUUGAAGAACCCUAAUGCUCCAAUGUUGCCACCACCCAAAAACAAGGAGGAUUUUGAGAAGACUCUGUCGCAAGCCAUAGUCAAAGUGGUUAUCCCAACAGAAAGGAAUUUGCUUGCGCUGAUACAUCGAAUGAUAGAGUUUGUGGUGCGUGAAGGACCUAUGUUUGAAGCCAUGAUUAUGAACAGAGAAAUCAACAAUCCCAUGUUCAGGUUUUUAUUUGAGAACCAGACUCCAGCCCAUGUAUACUACAGGUGGAAGCUUUAUUCAAUUCUACAGGGUGAUGCUCCAACCAAAUGGAGGACUGAAGACUUCCGUAUGUUUAAAAAUGGCUCAUUUUGGAGGCCACCUCCUUUAAAUCCAUAUCUCCAUGGUAUGUCAGAAGAACAAGAGCCAGAAGCAUUCGUAGAGGAGCCUAGCAAGAAGGGUGCACUUAAAGAGGAACAGAGGGACAAGUUAGAGGAAAUCCUGCGUGGGUUAACACCGCGUAAGAAUGAUAUUGGAGAUGCAAUGGUUUUCUGUCUUAAUAAUGCUGAAGCUGCUGAAGAAAUUGUAGACUGCAUUGCUGAGUCACUGUCCAUCUUGAAAACACCACUUCCUAAAAAGAUUGCAAGGUUAUAUUUGGUUUCUGACGUGUUGUACAAUUCUUCGGCAAAAGUUGCCAAUGCGUCAUAUUACAGAAAAUUUUUUGAGACAAAACUAUGUCAGAUAUACUCGGACCUGAAUGCUACCUACCGAACAAUACAAGGCCAUUUACAGUCUGAAAACUUUAAGCAACGGGUAAUGACAUGCUUCAGAGCAUGGGAAGACUGGGCGAUUUAUCCAGAACCAUUUUUGAUCAAACUGCAGAAUAUUUUCUUGGGGCUUGUAAAUAUUAUUGAAGAAAAGGAACCAGAGGAAGUACCCGAUGAUCUUGAUGGAGCUCCCAUCGAGGAAGAGCUUGACGGUGCUCCGCUAGAAGAUGUGGAUGGAAUUCCAAUCGAUGUUGCUCCGAUUGAUGAUCUUGAUGGAGUCCCUAUUAAGACACUUGAUGACGACCUUGAUGGUGUACCUUUGGAUGCUUCUGAAGAAUCUAAAAAGAAUGAGCCAAUUUUCAAAGUUGCCCCUUCAAAGUGGGAAGCAGUGGAUGAAUCUGCUCUUGAAGCUCAAGCAGUAACAACAUCUAAAUGGGAGCUGUUUGAUCAGCAUGAGGAAUCUGAAGAGGAAGAAAAUCAAAACCAAGAAGAAGAAAGUGAAGAUGAAGAAGACACUCAGAGUUCAAAAUCUGAAGAGCAUCACAUGUAUUCCAAUCCUAUCAGAGAAGAAAUGUCUGAUUCAAAGUCUUCAAGCAAGUACUCAGAAAUGAGCGAGGAAAAACGUGCCAAACUCAGAGAAAUUGAGUUGAAGGUAAUGAAGUUUCAGGAUGAAUUGGAAUCUGGGAAAAGACCCAAGAAGCAAGGCCAGAGUCUUCAGGAACAGGUUGAACAUUACCGUGACAAACUCCUCCAGAGAGAGAAGGAAAAGGAAUUGGAGAGAGAAAGGGAAAGAGACAAGAAGGACAAAGAGAAAUCUGAAUCCAGAUCCAAAGAGAAGAAGGAAAAAGAGGAAUGUACACCAACAAGGAAAGAGAGGAAAAGGCGACACAGCACAUCACCCAGUCCGUCCCGCAGCAGCGGAAGUAGGCGAGCGAAAUCACCGUCGCCAAAAUCGGAGCGCUCCGAGCGAUCUGAACGAUCCCACAAAGAAAGCUCACGUUCCAGAUCCUCUCACAAGGAUUCUCCCAGAGAUGCCAGUAAAAAAGCCAAAAGGUCACCCUCUGGCUCAAGGACGCCUAAAAGAUCAAGAAGGUCACGAUCCAGAUCACCUAAAAAGUCAGGGAAAAAAUCCAGGUCUCAGUCCCGUUCUCCACACAGAUCCCACAAGAAGUCAAAGAAGAGCAAACACUGACAAACUGUUAAUUUUUAUGAUGCUGUCACUUACUGGAAAUGCGGUUUUGUUUUUGUGCCUGAACAGUCUGUUUGAAAAACAAAACAAAACAAAAAAAAGCAUUCCUUUUUUUUUUUUUGGUGAAUGCACGUGUAUACUUAUGAGUAACUGCAUCGGUAAACCUGUCAUUGUUUUAUAUUGUACAAAAUACCUACAUUGUGGCUACUUCCCAAGAUGAGAUUUUGUGUUUAGAAACUUCAUCUGAAAUCUGUGUAACUGAUCUGCUGGCAGUAGUGAUAUUUUGUUUUAGAAUGUUGUGAGUUAGGAAAGGAAAAACACAACUGUUUCCCUCACCCUCCCUUUUUUUUGUAGCUUUGACAACUUGAAUUAGAUUUCAAAUAAAAUCUGAAAAGAAAAUAUUAAAAAUUGUGUUUUUUUGCCCAACUGACACGAAUUCUCCCCUCACGUAUCCUCCAAGCCAUAGGUUCCCGACACACCAAGCUGCCAGGAUUCUUCCACAUAGUAGGCAGGUUAGAGAACACUUCCAUAAAUAUUUUCAUUUGACACUAUGGCCUUGUUCAGACAACACGCUAAACCAUGCUGCUUAACCACAAAAUCGUUAAGGGAAUGCAUGCAUUCCCUUAACCAUUUUGUGGUUAAGCAGCAUGGUUUAGCGUGUUGUCUGAACCAGGCCUAUGUUUUACUUAAUACAGGAACAUUGUAGCAGCUUUGCAGUAUAGAUUAUGUGCUUAAAUGUUAGUUUGGGGCAAUAGCUUGAAUUUCCAAUCAUAGCCUGCAGGCAUGUUAAGGAGCCUUAUCCUCUGCCUGCCUUAUGGUCUAACUUUAGAGUCUGGCAGCCAGAAUGAAUUUCAUGAUGAUUCUUUCCAGAGAGAUCAGGUCUGCUUCUUCCCUACCUCCUAAUCCAGGUGAUGGCAAUUGCUUUGCUGGAGAGACAUUAUUGUUGUAGCUCCUCCUUACGUAUGUGGCGCUAUAGAUGUUAGAGCAACAAAAUACACGUCGUAAAGGAGGAGGAAUGGGGUGCAGAUAAACCCAAAUUUAAGGCACUGCUCCUAUGGCCUCAUCUUUUUGCCCAUAAGUCUCCCUUCCCCCAUUUCUCUUGCCCUAUACAUCUCUUGAGCCAUUCAUAACAGCAACGGCACAUUAACGACUGGGCUAGAUUUUAAAUUUCAACCAAAUGAAUGAGGGUACUUUUAAUAUAUAUAUUUCUGGGAAUAUACUGUACAGGUGCUCAGUGCAUACAGUGAUUUCUUCCUGCCUCUCAGAUGUGAAACUUGAGGGUCUCGUUUGAAAAACAUUUCUUUCAUAGGAAUUUUGCAAGCUAUACAGUUUUUCAUUGAAUGCAAUGAUCUCUCAGUUGACAACUUAGAUGAAAUGGCAUAGUAUUAAGUGUGUAAAUUUCUUUUCAUGAAAGUAACGAAAAGAAAACGGAAGCUACAAUCCCCCUCCUAACAAAUACUCUCAGAAUAAUCAUAACUAAAGAACACAUAAUGAAUUGUCUUUAUAAAGUGGGUUUUAUUCCUGAAGGUGACCUUGUAAAUGCAUUUUUGUACUGAAUUCAUCCUUUGGCUGUGAAAAGUGUUGAAAAAGAGUAGCAGAAAUUAGAUUUUUUAACUUGUAUCUUUUUCUAAUAUACUUGUAUUCCUCCCCCCUUCUCCUCCCCUAAUUUUGAAUGCCCUUUUGUUUUGAACCUGCUUUUCUCUUUUGGCAUUGAUAUAACAUAGCACCUCCUCUGGGUCACUUAACUUUUUUUCCAUGAAAGAAAAAUCACAAAGGUUCACUGUUUGUUUCCUGGAGGAGUGGGUGGAUUGUAAUAAAAAUGCAAAGUUUAAAGGGA